CCAUGAUGUUAAGACUUUGUGGGUUACAUCUUGGAUCACGGCAACACGGUUGGCGUUUUGAGCGGCUGCGUCCAACAUUCCGACGCUGGUUGCGUAUAGUACACCCUCCUCAAUUACGCUCGCCACUGGUUAAGCUGGACCCCGAGAGUAACAAGCUAAUAUACAUAUGUAACGGGCGUGUAUCACGCCGAUUUAUCGAGCCCUUUGAGCGUUCAGGUCGCCAUUACAUCCGGAAGGGUGAGACCCUAGAGACACCAGUGCUAGCCUUUGUCAAGGGUGGCUCCCACGUGUUGUUAGAGACGUUAUCUAUGGACGAGGUCGAGCGCCUUGAAAAGCUGAUUCCCGACAUUCGCCGUGCAUUUGACGAAUGCGAAUCUAAAUGCGAUGAUACUUCCGGAAACGAGCACCGGGCCAUAGACCUCACUGGGUAAUAUUAUCUAUA